AUGGAUUGGAUGCAUGGAAAAUGUUUACAUAAUAAACGUCUACGACGCAUAGCAUUAUCUUUCAGAACUACAUAUGUUCGAAUUCCACAUCCUGUAUGUCCUACCCGACCGACAGGAAAAUAUAAUUUUGAAUCUAUUGGUGGAUUCACUCAGCAUCCAAAUUCAUCAUCAACCAUUCGACGAAUUUUAUAUAGUAAUAUUUUUAAUAUAUGA